CCAUGGAUACAAGCUAGCUUUGCUUCUUCUUCUUCGUCUUCUUGUACCAAAUCAUUCAAAGUUUUCUUUCUUCAAGCCUUCAAUCUUCUAUAUAUAUCUCCCUCCAUGAUCAACCAGCUAUAGCUACCUCACUCCAACAAUCGCCGACCACGAUGGCCACCACGAGGAGCGGCGUCGGCGGCGCCAUCAGCGACCCAUUUGCGACGCCGGGGUUCCGCUUCUACCCGACGGAGGAGGAGCUUCUCGGCUUCUACCUCCGCCACCGCCUCGCCGGCACGAGGCCCGACGUCGAGCGCGUCAUCCCCGUCGUCGACGUCUACGGCUACCACCCGUCCCAGCUCGCCGCCCUGGCCGGGGAGGCGAGCGCGCGCGACACGGAGCAGUGGUUCUUCUUCUGCCCGCGCGCCGAGCGGGAGCUCCACGGCGGCCGGCCGGCGCGCACCACGCCGUCGGGGUACUGGAAGGCCACGGGAUCCCCGUCCUGCGUCAUCUCCUCCGCCACAAACAGGGUCAUCGGCGUCAAGCGCACCAUGGUGUUCUACCAGGGCCGCGCCCCCACCGGCACCAAGACCCGCUGGAAGAUGAACGAGUACAAGGCCGUCGCCGACGACGCCGACGCCGCCGCCGCCGCCAUGCUCCACCCAAUGGCGCCUCCCAGGCUGAGGAACGAGCUGGGAGUGUGCCGGGUGUACAUCAGCACGGGCACGCUGAGAUCGUUCGACCGCCGGCCGCUCGAUAAUCAAGCGGCGGCGCCCACCCAGCAACAGGUGAUGCCAUCUUUGACGGCGGCGGCGGCGGUGAACACGAACCUCUGCGGCGGCGGCGGCGGCGUCGUGUUCGCCGGUGCACAAGGAGACAGCUCCCGCGACUGCAGCUCGUCGUCGGGGUCGCGAGAACUCGCCGGCGGCGCCGAUGGGUCUGAAGACGACGCCAUCGACUGGAACUCGCUCAUCAGUAGCGCCACUGCUGAUGAUCUCGGCUUCAACACCGUCGUUGGUUUUGAUCCUAGCAUCGUCGGAUCAUGGCCACAAGUCUAGUGCUUGAUUACGCGUAAUAUAAAAUUAAUCGAGUUUAGUGAUCAGUUAGUUUUUUGUUUUUUUGCAAGAAGUUCAAAAAUUAUUGCUGUGUGUUUUGCACUGAGUAGCAAAGAUGGGAGGAUUAGAAGAUGAAUCGAUUAGUUUGCAAAUCAGGUGAAUUAAUUAGAGUAAUUAACAUCUGUAGUAAUAGUAAGUAGAAAA